AUGACGCUGAUUUUCGUGCACAUCGCAAUGCAUAGUGUAUUUCUUUCCGUGUAUCUGUACACGGAGUUUUAUGAUCAGACCUUUAUUAUGCCUAAUAUACCAUAUACUUUUGGAGGAAAUACAAAAUAUCUCACACAUUGGAAUCUGGUUUUCCAGAUAUUUUAUUUCGGUUUAAGUAUCACUAUACAUUUGGUUAUGUCAUGUAACAAACGUAGUCAAUUUGGAAGAAGACUUUGCAGAUUUCGGGACUGGUUUCUGGCAGCAAUUGCGUUUCCCUUUGCAUCGAUUGUAGUUUUUAUAUUCUGGACACUUUGUGUAAUCGACAGAGAGCUGAUCUCAAACAUCCCACCACGUUUGCAGGAGUUGAUUCCUGUGUGGUUGAAUCAAGUGAUCCACACCUAUGUACUUCUAUUUCUAUUGGUCGAUAUGUAUUUAAUAAAGCACAUGUACCCAUCUUUCAAAUCGGGAUUCCUCGGUACUUUGGUUGUAGGACUGGCUUAUUUAGCAUGGGUUCUGUACUUGGGCUUUGUCUUGGAUGUCUGGGUGUAUGGAAUAAUGAAAGCAUUAUCAGGAGCGCAAUUUGGUUUAUUCUUUUUUGUAAUUGCUAUUUUCUUUCUAUUUUUCUACAUUAUUGGCGAAAAAAUCAACAACAAAAUAUGGAGCUCAACCAAAUAUAUAAAGACUGCAACAAAAGUGAAGAAAGUGAACUAA